UUUCGAACACCCCCCUUCCCCUGAAGUGUUGCUAUCCCCAACAAAAACACUUUUUAUUGUCCAACAUUUCUGUUUGGCUCUACUUUUUCCACUUGGCAUUUCUUACAGCAACAAGUGUUGCUGGCUACCAGCGACAGCUUAUCCGUUUUUCCAAACAGAAAAAAAAAAAAAAUAAAAUGCCAACGACAUAUUAGCUGCCUUUCAGUGCACAGUGUGUGCCACAGCCGUGACACCGGGCUGCGAUGAUCGUGUCCAACGUGAGCCUGAGCGGCUGCGCAGGGGUCAACAGCGCUCUGUGUGCCGCAGCCGGGGAAGGGCACUUCGGGGGAGGCUCACACCGGACCACCCUCACACCGACAGGAAACCUGAUCGUGGCUGUGUGCCUGGGCUUCAUCGGCACUUUCGGAUUUAUGAACAACCUGUUAGUGCUGGUGCUCUACUGCCGCUACAAGAUGCUGCGGUCGCCCAUCAACCUGCUCCUGAUUAACAUUGCCAUCAGCGACCUGCUGGUGUGCGUACUGGGGACUCCGUUCAGCUUCGCCGCCAGCAUGCAGGGAAGGUGGCUCAUAGGAGAGGGCGGCUGCGUAUGGUACGGCUUCGCCAACUCCCUCUUUGGCAUCGUCUCCCUGAUCUCCCUGGCUGUCCUCUCCUAUGAGCGCUACAGCACCAUGGUGGCGCCCACUGAGGCGGACUCCUCCAACUACCGUAAGAUCUCCCUGGGCAUCACCCUGUCCUGGGUCUACUCCCUCAUCUGGACCAUGCCGCCACUUUUUGGCUGGAGCCACUAUGGUCCCGAGGGUCCUGGGACCACCUGCUCGGUCAACUGGACGGCCAAGACGGUGAACAACAUAUCUUACAUCAUCUGCCUGUUUGUCUUCUGCCUCAUUGUGCCGUUUCUGGUGAUCGUGUUUUGCUAUGGGAAGCUGCUGUGCGCCAUCAGACAGGUGCGCGGGAUCAAUGCAUCGUUGAGCAGGAAACGUGAGCAGCGCGUGUUAUUCAUGGUGGCAGUCAUGGUGAUCUUCUACCUAUUGUGCUGGCUGCCGUACGGCAUCAUGGCCCUGAUGGCCACCUUUGGGUCGCCGGGCCUGGUCACACCCGUGGCAAGCAUCAUCCCCUCACUCCUGGCCAAGACGAGCACGGUCAUCAACCCAGUCAUCUAUGUCUUCAUGAAUAAACAGUUUUACAGAUGUUUCCAUGCCCUGCUGCAUUGUGAGGCUCCUCGACGAGGCUCGAGCACAAAGAGCUCCUCCAAGGUCGCCACCAAGGUCAUGAGGGCUGUAGCAAUCACUGGUACCCGCCGCACCAACAACUUCCUAUUAUUGGUAGCCUCCCUGGGUCAACCGGCCGCCACCAUGCCCCAACCGAACCCCUCAGUGGAAGCAACCAUUGAUAACACCAAAGGCCCCUCUUCAGACAUCAACAAACCUGUCGUAGUAUCACUAGUGGCUGAUGAUUGGCUAUAACCAUAAAAUCCCAUAAAGUACCCAGCCAAGAAGUCAUUAAUAAUGAGAGAGGUGGUGUUACUGAGGCUUGGAGAGCAGCAGCCAGCCAAUCCAGGUGGAGUUAACGCUGCUGUUGCAUCAGCUUUACCCCAGCUAGUAGACAUGAUGGACUGCUAAGAAAGGCACAUCUUGGACUGCUUCUCGACAAUUUACUCUCAGAAGCUGGGAGUCUGCGUUUCUCUGUAGAUGACUAUGAUGAUGUUUUUCAGACCAUUAUGUUAAUAGAAGAGGAAUUGAGGGGAUCAUUCAUUUUGUGCAAUACAUAAUGUUUACUUAGGCAUAACAGAAAUGUGUUCAGAGUGCAAGAAUGUUGCAUUGAUUGGUUUCAGACUGUAGUUACAGAGUGAAGUUCAAGAACACAAGUUGUUUAUUACCCCAAUCAUUUUGAAGUAUUUUCUAGAGUAGACAAGAUUAAAAAGAUAAGAGACUAUUGAGUAAUAUUGGUUAUGAUUUUAAAGUGUCUUCUUGGCUUUUUUUCUCUGUCAGUAAUUUUUAUUUAACUGAUCACUCAUCACUUUAAAAUGCAUCAGUAGUUUUCAAUUAAGUUGUUUAAUAAGUCUUUUGAUGGAAGUAGCAUUGCUAGCAGCACAAAGGUUUUGUCAGAAAUAGUGACUUAGGAAUAAUGAUAUAGGUGCAUGUUGGAGAGUUACUGUAUAGUUCCUUCAAUAGCGAUGUGCAUGUGCACUUUUGAAGUAUGACAUGCAAAUGAGGUUGAGAAUUACAGUAUCUGGUAAUAUUCAGUAGAUAGCACUUAUAGAGAAUAUUGGUAUCGGCAGAAAUCCUGAAAAUGUAUGCCUUUCUGGACUGAUUUUUUUCAGACAUUUCCACGUGUAAACAAUUUGUAUAUUAACAGAUUUCACAGCUGUAAAAUCAGUUUUUUUUUAAAAAAAAGGUGCAGUUAGCAAUGCUGUGCAAAGAUUGUUGAUAUUUGAAUUCAACUGCCAAAUAAAUACUACUGGCUGACAACUACUUCACAUGCUGCCUCCCCACUCCCCCCCCCACCAUCAACUGAAGCCGCCUGUUGCGGAUAGGCUGGAAAAGUGUUUUGUGGCUUGUGCACUCCUUUGUGUUCGUUAUAU